UCAAUGUGCUGGAUGCCACCAAGACAAGACAAGAUGGAAAUCACAGGUUUACUGCUCCUUGUGGUGGUUGCUCAGUCAUUUGCUAUGCCUCUGUCAUCACCGGAGGAGACUGACGAGUGGCUAUUAGCCGAGAAAUACCUCCGCAGGUUCUACAACCUUCGAGCUGGACUUCAGGGAACCCCGACCCACAGGUCGUCAGACGCCAUGCAGGCUAAGGUCAGGGAGAUGCAGUCCUUCUUCAACCUCCAAGUGACGGGGAGCCUGGACACUAACACCCUGGAACUGAUGAGCAUGGCCAGGUGUGGUGUCCCUGACGUGGGGGAAUACAACCACUUUCCCCGACACCUCAAAUGGCAGAACACCAAUGUGACCUUCAGAAUAGUGAAUUAUACCCCUGAUCUGAUGAAGGCAGAUGUGGACAGAGCUAUCCAUAAUGCCUUAAACAUCUGGGCUGAUGUCACGCCUCUGACCUUCAAGAAACUGCACGAGGGGAAGGCUGACAUCAUGAUAGCAUUUGGGACAAAAGAACAUGGAGACUUCAACCCCUUUGACGGCCCUGACGGUCUCUUAGCCCAUGCCUAUCCCCCUGGCAGAGACAUUGGAGGAGACACACACUUUGAUGAAGAUGAACAUUGGUCAAUAGACUCAGACGCCUACAACCUUUUCCUGGUCGCCACUCAUGAGUUUGGCCAUGCCCUUGGCUUGUCCCAUUCUUCCGAUCCUGGAGCUCUGAUGUACCCAAUCUACUCCUACAGCCAGGGUUAUCCACUGUCUGAGGAUGAUAUCACCGGCAUUCAAGCUCUUUAUGGCCCGAACCCCAAUGACAGCAAAGUGAAGCCCAAGCCAGAUGCCCCAAACAAAUGUGACCCCAUGUUGAGUUUUGAUGCUGUCACUGAGCUCAGAGGAGAAACAAUCAUCUUCAAAGACAGGUUCUACUGGCGUCUCCAUCCUCAGUUUGCAGAGCCUGAGCAAACCCUGAUCAAAUCCACCUGGCCCUCCCUCCCCAACAAAGUGGAUGCUGCCUAUGAGUACCCUGAGAAAGACAUGGUCUUCAUAUUCAGUGGUAUUAGAAUGUGGGCCCUGAACGGCUACAGCCUAGUGGAGGGCUACCCCAAAUACAUCCAUAAACUGGGACUCCCCAAGACCGUGCGGAGGGUGGAUGCUGCUGUGUACAUCCCAGACACCGGCAAGACCCUUCUGUUCUCUGAAGAGCAGUUCUGGAGUUAUGAUGAGAAGACUAACACAAUGGACAGUGGCUUCCCAAGAUCCAUUGAGAUGGAUUUCCCUGGAAUGGGAGAUGAGGUGGAUGCUGCCUUAUAUAAAUAUGGAUAUUUGCAUUUCUUCCAUGAACAUACACAGUUUGAAUACAGCUACAGUGCAAGGAAGGUGAUUCAGAUUGUUAGGACAAACUCCUUUCUCAACUGCUGAUCCACUGGUGGAGAACUACUGUUAUUUUAUUUGUAACUCAUCUCAAAGUACGCUGGAAAACUGCAUGUAAAAUGCAUGUCUGAAGACUAAAGUAGGUGUGAUAUUUAUUGUGAAUGGGAAAACGGUUGGCUUAUGCAUCUAACAAAUGCUGGGUCUUGCUUUAGGGUAUCAGAAAAUGUGCAUCAUAUUCACAUGACUUGUUAUAGUAUUGAAGGGUGGGAUAGAAACCACUCUGAUAUACUUUAGAAUACUGUAAUUGCGUUUCUCUCUGUAUGUAAAUGUUACUUGGGGAAGUUACAGUAAUGUGUUGCAGAUCCACCAAUAGGUGGCAUUCAAGGACACCAAAUCUAGAGUACGAGCCAAUGCUUUUUAUGGACUGUGAAUGUUUUUACUACAAAUUUUAAUGACACAUUUUCAUGAAUAAAAUAAUACGUGCAAAUGG